AUGCUACCUGGAGAAUACAAAUAUUUGAGUAUAAUUGCUAAAACUUGGAAUGAAGUCUAUUUAGCUGAAAAUAUAAUAUCCAAGCAAAAAUGUUGUAUCAAACAAGUUUUGAUUGAUUCGUUUUUAAGAGAAAAGUUUUAAUAAGAAAUAUAGAUUUUGCAAAAAAUAAAAGCUAAUCCUCAUCCUAAUAUUAUUGCAUUUGAAGAUAGCUUCUACUAUGAGAAGGUUACAACAUAGGAUAAAGUAAGAAUUUGCCAUUUAAAUGCAGUCUAUCACUUUUGGGUGCAUUGUGAUGGAAUUGGGCAUAACCAAUUUAUCUCAAUACAUUAAAUCUAAAAAAUAGUCUGAUCCAGAUUUCAGAUUUAAAGAAUAAGAUGUGGCUAAUUUUUAUCUUACGAUGAUUAAGGCUCAUUAACAUCUCUAAGAUAUGAAAAUUGCACAUAGAGACAUAAAACCUGANUAACUAGAUUCUUAGAUUUUUCGAUUUCUUAAAUUUUUUCUCAUUGAUUGA